AUGGUAACCAGCUACCAAUUCCAGUUCCUGCUGCGCUUCCUUGCUGACGUGCUGGAACAACUGAACGUGCUCAACAAGACGUUCCAGCAUCGACAGAUUGACCUGGCGGCAGUUCAAGGCCAGAUUCGUCGCACGGCAACCCACAUCAACACGCGUUAUGUGGAUUGUGGCGACAACUUUGGAGGCGGCCAGAGCGAGAAUCUGUCGCCCUUCAUUGCUGGCUUUGUCGCCCGUCACAGCCCCCCUCUAGCAUCCAGUCGCGCGCCUACCGUCGCGCCAUACUGCCACGCUCUUCCGCGCGCCCCACGGUGCCUCGCUGUGCGCCUGCCGCGGCCGCCAAGCACCUACUACGCAGUUGCCGCGUGCCAUGCCGCGCGCCCUGCCGCACCUCCCGCGCACCUGCCAUGUGCCCUGCCGCGCCCUGCCGCGCCUUGCUGCGAGCCUACCGCGCGCCCUGCCGCACGCCCACCAUCGCGCCAUGAUGUCGCGUUUAUCGUGUGCCCUGCCAUCGCACCUGCCGCGCACCUGCCGCGAGCCUGCCGGCCGCGCCUGCAGCUGCGUUUGCCGACCGUGCCUACCGCGCGCCUGUCGCCGUGCCUGCAGCUGCUGCCCGCCGCCGCGCCUUUAGGGCAUGUUCCUACGGCCUCUUAG